GCAAGCAAAUUUGUUGCUGAAAAAAUUUGCAAAUUUAUUUAGUUAACAAGUGCGAAAGUGUUAAACAACUGCACAUAAGCAUAGUUAAACAUCAACAUAUCGUUAAUAACUUGAAAUGCGUGCGUCUAAAGCGCUUGUUGUAAAGAAGCUGAAAAAUCCAUAAAGAAGUCAAACUAUUGACCCAUACCCACCCCCACUCUAUAAACUGUGUAGUUAUUGUGUCAAGCAAACAAACACACACAAACACAAAGACAUACAUAUAUGUGACGCCCUAGCGUACAAGACGCCCCCCAAACCGUAAGCCACAAAUAGAGCUAACGAUUCGUCAUCGAUUAAAGGCAAACAUACAUAUAAAAAAAGCCAAACAAUGGAGCUGCAUUGAAAAAGUAGCAUACAAAAUUUAAUCAAACUCAAUUGAACUUGAUUUAAAAUAGCAAGAAAAUGCGCAAUUUACCAGCGCAAAGAAAAUAGGCAAAGAAAUAACUAAGCACAGCAUACAGAUAAACGAAAACGAAAGUUUCGAAGUAAAAGUGUGAAAAUGGAUGAUAAUCUGAGCACCAAGUCCUCGGAGUCCUCCAUAACGACAAGUGGAGAGUAUGAAAUUGUUACGGAUAGCAAUGUGGCGACACCGCUGGAGCAAGUGGAGCCAUCAACUGCUGCAACGACAAGUCUAAUGCCAGGCGCAACGCCAGUUGAUGGCGGUGCAGGCGAUCGUUCCCCCACACUGGACACACACAAUCGCAAUCUGAGCGAUAUACAGCAUGAAAUGACGGAUGCAUUGCGCGACCUACAGCUGGAGCGUGCUGUCAACGAGAAGACGCGUCAGCAGCCUCAACAACAACAACAGCAACAACAAUUGAAAUCUCUUACGCUGCCCUUGCCAGCACGUAAAACUCUCAACGACGGCGGCUCUGGUGACGGCGAUAUGCGUCUCAAAUGCUCGCUCUUCUCACCCAAAGCCGAGUCUGAGGCAGAGUCCAGCUCGGAGCAUAAUCGUGUGGGUCAAUCGGUUUUCUAUGAUUGCAUAGAUGCAAGUCCUGCUUGCAUUGAAGAGAAACAGGAUGCGAUGAAACCAGAAAAGGGCGACACUACUGAUGAGGAGGUUUCAGAAAUCGAUCAGGGCUGCACUAUCUUUGCUGGCGUUACCUAUUUGGGUGCCGCCAAUAUUAAUGCACCCAAAUCUGAAACAGAUGUGUAUCGCAUUAUGAGCGAACUUAACAGCGGUUCCAAGUCUGUGGGACUUAAGAUUACAGUCAGCAUACCCAAUUGCUCCGAUGGUCUUGUGGUUUUGCAUGAUGCAGAAAGCAACACGAUUAUCGCUACCUAUGAAAUCUCAAGCAUAAUACUAUAUUAUCGCGGACCUGUGGACACAGCUGAGAAUGGCUGCUUUGCCUUUACUUGGCUGCAUGGUGAUGCAUUAUUCCAAUGCCAUGUAUUUCGUUGCCACAUACCUGAGGCGGUGAAUCAAGUGAGCGCCUGCUUUCAAAAGGCUUUUCAAACUUAUGCGCCCAGCAUGAGUUGCAGCUUGACCUCCGCUGUAGAUAUGGUCAACUCUGUUACAUCCGAUGUAAGCGGCAAUCCCUUGAAUGCAGCAGGCUAUGAGUUUAUAGUUUCGCUGGAGAUCAGAGAGAAGGUGGCAAAGAACUCUUAUGCAGCCGUGCCACGUGAUCGCGGCUGCUUCAAGCUGCGCGCUAAUACGGACAAGGAAGUCUGCAUUACGGUUAAGCAAACAGCCUCGAAUGUGCUGCAGCCUUUGUAUAUAGAGCGUUGCUUUGGCGUGCUGGUGGCGCCCGGCAAGCUUGUAGUGCAAAAGGAUAUGCAUCUCAUAGACAUGCUCAACAUGGGUUAUGUCACAAGCGCUGGACAGGAGGCGGAUGCCAGCAGCAGUUGUCUCAAUGCCUAUGCCAUACGCGCUGAAUGGAAAUCGCAGGAAAAAGCUUUCGAGCAGCUGAAUUUAGAAACGUCCAAAACAAAUCUGACUGUGGCUGUGGAUAUUGUAAUGCGUGGCAUACAGGAGCCCGUUAGAUUCGUCAUAGAAACACCAGUGACCAUACAGUCUGCCAGUGAAAUGCGCAUCAUGGAUCAUUUUAUGUCCAAGCGUCCCAUGACCUUGCGCUUCUAUUUACAUCUCAAGCGCACCGAUGAGCUCAACUGGAAGGUGAACAGCAUUGAUCCCUCGGAGGAGAUAAAUGAGCCAGCGCCAGUGCAGCAAGGCUCAGCUUCGUUGCUAAAGCUGGGCAUGAAUAAUCUAUCGCGCAUUGUGCGCAGUUCGUCCAUAGCCUCCAUAGAGGAUGAUUGCCCUACUGACUAUAGCAGCGAUGGCGAUGAACCGCUGCUCAGCGGCACUGGAGAAGUUUCAAAGGAUUGCUCGCAGGAUACGCUGGACGAAUGGGAUCCUAUACUGCGCGAGUGGGAUAGCGAGAAGCGUCCCAAGAAUCUGGCGCCACUAGUGCGUCUGGGCGUGCCCGAAGCGCUGCGUGAGAAAAUCUGGCAAAAGCUGGCCAAUGUGGAGGGCAAACUGGAAAUGCAUGACAUGUACAAGACGCUGAUAACCAAGGAAACUAAAUGCGAGACGGUUAUACAGCGUGAUAUACAUCGCACUUUUCCAGCGCACAAAUGUUUCAAGGAGAGUGGCGGCUCUGGACAGGAUGCGCUGUUCAAAGUGUCCAAAGCGUAUGCAGUUUAUGAUAGCGAAGUGGGCUAUUGCCAAGGCUUGAGUUUCAUAGCUGCCAGCUUGCUGUUGCAUAUGCCCGAGGAGGAUGCAUUUUGUGUGCUGGUAUCGCUGAUGUACGACUAUGGACUGCGUGAUCUCUAUAAAGCAGGCUUUGAAGUGCUCUAUCUACGUCUGUAUCAGCUGGAGCGUCUCAUUAAGGAUCAGCUGCCCAAGCUGCAUGAACAUUUUACCGCCUGUGGCAUUGAAACUCAUAUGUAUGCCUCGCAGUGGUUCCUUACACUCUACACAGCGCGUUUUCCGCUUUGCUUUGUAUUCCAUGUGCUGGAUGUGUUUCUGCUAGACGGCUUGGCUGUGCUGUUUCAGGUGGCAGUGACUUUGCUGUCGAUAUGUGAAGCGGACUUGCGUCAGCUUGAUUUCGAAGGCAUACUCAAAUAUUUUAGAGUAACGCUGCCCAAAAAGUGUCGCAGCUCCAGUCAGGCGCGCAAGGUAAUGAAGCAAACAUGCGAGCGUAAGAUAAAAAAGUUGAAGCAGUAUGAAGAAGAGUUUCUGCUGAAGAAACAGCACAAGGAGCGCUUGGAGAAGGAGGCGCAAAUAUAUGAGAGUCGCUUUGGCGAAGAGCGACGCAAGCUGCAGGCAGAGAUUGAGUCGCUGACACAGCAGCUGGCAGUGGCCAAUGAGCGCGCUGUGGAGAAAGAAAAGAAACAUACAGGCAUUAUACAGGAAUACAAGCAGAUAAUACAGCGUCAAGAGCAGGAUAUGAAUACGCUUAAUGAAACGCUGGGCAAGGUGAUGAACACGGUUUCCAAAUGCACGCAGUGCUUGCAACAAAUCGAUAACAAGGUGGAGCCGCAUGCUGCACAGCGUCAUUCGUUGCCAUCGCGUUCAACACAGGAGGCCGCCUUGGGCCCAUUGGAUCCCAUUAAUGUUGCUGGGCAGCGCAUACGUGAGCUGGAGCUGGAGUUAGCACAAGCCAAGCUGGCACAGGUGGAAGCCGAGUGCAAGAAUCAGGAUCUAAAUCACCAGCUGAGCAAUACGCUCAGCGAGCUGCAUACCAAUCGCAAUAGCUGGCAGCCCUGGCUGUCCAAAACGUUCAAUUCGCUGCAGGAAAAAGUUUCCACGCGCAGUGGCUCGCAACGUGGCGAACAUGCCACGGCCACAUUCCAGUCAUAUAUGGGCCAAGGGCCGUCUGCAGUCAGUGAGGCGAAUUCGCCCAGCGCCAAUCAGGAGUACAAAACCUUUGCAUUUGCCUCCGUUGGCGGCUCACCCAAGUUACCCCCCAAAUUUCAGGCCACCAAGAUGCGCAAUAGCAUUGAUAGCUUACGCAACAUAGUUGGCCCACUGGAAACUGGCAAACUGGCCGAGAAUCUCAAACAGCAGCUGCAGCAGCAGCAGCCUUAGAUUUAAAUAACUAUAUACUGAAAAACAUAACUGCAUAUAUUAUUAAACAACAAACACAUGCAUAUUCAAAAAUUUAGUCAAAAUGGAAACGUAGUAUUAUCCUAGUUUAAAAUACAGGUUUAGCUGCAUUUGUUUAAAACAUAUAAUUUGAAAUAUUUCACUAUAAGUUAGAGCUCGCAUUUCUAAUAUUUAUUUUACUUAAGGCUAAGUUCAGAGGCUAUAGUUUAAGUCUAUUAACAAAAUGAAUUUUAUGCUUGUUCAACUAUAAAGCAACUUGUAUAUUUUUUAGUUUGUGCAGUAUGCACAAUUUUGAUAGUUUUAGUUAAUUCUUAUAUGUUGAACAACUGCAAAUCGGUUUCAAUCCGAUAUUGGCUUAUAAACUUGGUUCUAAACCAUUCAAAGUAGAGAGACAACUACCCUAAAAAAUUAGUAUACACAGGCCCUAGGCUCGAGCUUAUUAGAACUGCUUAGAAUAGAGAGGGUUUACUUUUAUUUGAAGCAGCUAAACCUGUGCUUUAAAUUUAUAUUUAUCCAAAAAUAUAUUGUUUGGCACCCCAAAGAAGUAAAAUUGCUACAGUUUGGCAUGCACUGCAUAACACGCUA